AUGAUGAGUCCGUCGGGUGGGGGAAUAAUCCCUUCCAAUUCUGGUUCCUCCUGGACGGAGGAUUCGUUCGAGAUCAAAGUGUUGAUGGAGCCCUCGCCCGAACCGGAAAUGGAAGGCACAUCGGCUCGUUCUGCGAUCCCAAGGGUGGAUGAAGCGGGGCCGCCCCCCCUUACCCACAAUUGUAGCUUGGAAUCGUCGAUGCGAAAUCGCAUUGCACGACUCGAGGGGGACGGUAGCUCCUAUCUGCUGGAUAAGGAAAAGGGAGAAUAUUGGUCCGACAUCAAACUCGCGCUGGGGCAAGCUCCCUCCCAGCAAGAGUAUCAAAGAUUACUCGAGUUUGAGAACAGGGAUCUACAGAUCCGAGAACUCAAACAUGAGUGUCUACGACUUUUUCAAAAAGUCUUAACCCAGAAUCCUACCUUGGCCGCCCAGGCCCCUUACAACCCCCAAGAAGCGUUUAACGACUUCUUGGGCCAACAUCGCGACCGACUGGACCGGAGGGAAUUGGAAGUGGACGUGGGAGAAAGGGACCAAGAAGAAAUCAAGUUUUUAGAUCUCUUGAGACAAAGGCUCAAAAAAGAUGGCCCUGCCUAUGUCACAUACAUCUUUAAAUAA